CACUAUAACAUUAGCGCGACGCUGCGCUCGCAGGCGGUUAACAAUUCUCGACCGUCCAGUCACGUUAACGUAAAUUGCUGUAUAAAAAACGAAAACGUCUGUUACUUCCUUUGGGUGAAUUUUCCUUAGUGCACCAUCCUUCUGAAAACAUGCGUGAGUGCAUCUCCAUCCACGUGGGACAGGCUGGGGUUCAGAUUGGCAAUGCAUGCUGGGAGCUCUACUGCCUGGAGCAUGGUAUCCAACAGGAUGGACAGAUGCCCAGUGACAAGACCAUCGGAGGAGGGGACGACUCCUUCAACACCUUCUUCAGUGAGACGGGAGCAGGCAAGCACGUCCCCAGGGCUGUGUUUGUGGAUCUGGAGCCUGCAGUCAUUGAUGAGGUGCGCACUGGGACUUACCGCCAGCUGUUCCAUCCUGAGCAGCUCAUCACUGGAAAAGAAGAUGCUGCCAACAACUACGCUCGCGGCCACUACACCAUCGGCAAAGAGAUCAUCGACCUGGUGCUGGACAGGAUCCGCAAACUGGCUGACCAGUGCACAGGCCUCCAGGGCUUCCUGGUCUUCCACAGCUUUGGAGGUGGUACCGGCUCUGGUUUCACCUCCCUGCUGAUGGAACGCCUGUCUGUUGACUACGGCAAGAAAUCCAAGCUGGAGUUCUCCAUCUAUCCAGCUCCUCAGGUGUCCACAGCUGUGGUGGAGCCCUACAACUCCAUCCUGACCACCCAUACCACCCUAGAGCACUCUGACUGCGCCUUCAUGGUUGACAAUGAGGCUAUCUAUGACAUCUGCCGUAGAAACCUUGAUAUCGAGCGCCCCACCUACACCAACCUCAAUCGGCUCAUUAGCCAGAUUGUAUCCUCCAUCACAGCCUCCCUCAGAUUUGAUGGUGCCCUCAAUGUUGAUCUGACAGAGUUCCAGACCAACUUGGUGCCCUAUCCCCGAAUCCACUUCCCUCUGGCUACUUAUGCCCCCGUUAUCUCUGCUGAGAAGGCUUACCAUGAGCAGCUUUCUGUGUCUGAGAUCACCAAUGCCUGCUUUGAGCCAGCUAAUCAGAUGGUCAAAUGUGACCCUCGUCACGGCAAGUACAUGGCCUGCUGCCUGCUGUACCGUGGUGACGUGGUGCCCAAAGACGUAAACGCUGCUAUCGCCACCAUCAAGACCAAGCGCAGCAUCCAGUUUGUGGACUGGUGCCCCACUGGUUUCAAGGUUGGCAUCAACUACCAGCCCCCCACCGUGGUUCCUGGUGGGGACCUGGCUAAGGUUCAGAGAGCGGUGUGCAUGCUGAGCAACACCACCGCCAUCGCCGAGGCCUGGGCCCGCCUGGAUCACAAGUUUGAUCUGAUGUACGCCAAGCGCGCCUUUGUGCACUGGUACGUGGGGGAGGGUAUGGAGGAGGGAGAGUUCUCAGAGGCCAGAGAAGACAUGGCCGCCUUGGAGAAGGAUUAUGAGGAGGUGGGCGUCGACUCCAUUGAAGGCGAAGGAGAAGAGGAAGGAGAGGAGUACUAAAGGCAAUUAGCCAUCCAGUGUAAUCAAUCACUAUAGAAUGCUUAUCAUCAGUCAAAGGUUUACACACAUCCCUUCAUUUUAUGAUUGUGUAGGAAAUAUCUAUGUAGUAAUGUCACCUUCAAGGGUUUGUGAUCUCAUUGCAAAUGAUUUUAGAAAUGUGCUGCGAAUAAGUGAUUGGAUUAUUUGUUCACUUUGUAAAAUCUGAGAUCAUUGUUCAUUUUGAAGUGUUUCAUCUUACCAUUUUAUCUUUUGACUGUGAUAUGUAGGCUAAUAAAAAAGUUAUUGAUUUGGUGUGCA